GUGACACGUGGACAACCUCUCGGUGACCACAUAGCCACUCCAGUCUGUUCAGCAGGUCACGACGACCACAGACCGAAGGCGGCAGGGAUGGAGCGAAGGAUGAUGCGAGCUGUCUGUCCGAUCUCAGAGACGGCCCGCCUGCUGCUGACUCUUGUCCUGCUGGUGAUCCUGCAGCUGGCCGGGCAGGGAUCUGCCGUUAGUCCACCACCGGGCUCGGUGACGAUUGACAGCCUCACCUUCGGCGGCAGCGGGUGUCCUUAUGACGGUGUCGACUACGUUCUCUCCGAGGACCUAAAGGCGAUGACGAUGAAGUUCACCAAGUUCAUUGCUACGACGCACAAGAGCGCGGCGCACCGGACGAGGAGGUGCCAAAUCUCCGUAAAUCUCAGUUACCCUGAAGGCUUCGCUGUAGGGUUGGGGUCGGUCACUUUCAGCGGGUACGCAAAGCUCGAUCGAGGCGUGUCUGGGUCGAUUAAGGCGUUUUACUAUUUCUCGGGGCAGGCAGGGACGGCUCGCAUCACUCGCAAGAUCCAGGGACCCUUGGACGACAACCUUGAAUACAGGGACGGAUUCGGUUCGGCACUUUACAGCACGUGUGGCAGCAACAAACAGACCCUGUCGGUGGGCUUGGAAGUCACGGUGAAACCAGGCAAGAAGCCCAAGGGAGCGGGGGGGAUCAUUCGAGUGGAGGCCCUGCUCAACGCGUGGGAUCUCGUCUGGGAGCAAUGCUAAGAAGGCGAAGAGAAAGUACGUCGAUCACUUUGGCCGCACGGGACCGGAAACAUAGCUCGCAUGCAUUCCUUAUCAGGGUGCGUUGUGUUCGGGGGGGGGAAGACGGUAGCAACGUAAGCGCGUGAGAGAGGGGUUCAGCACAGAAGGGGAGGUCGAGAGUCUGUCUGCUGAAUGUAACAUAGAGCAUAGAGCAGCAAUGCCAUGAUUUUAUUUCUUAUAAUUUCUGUAGUUAGAAAUGGGGAGGGAUUGUGUUCGCGUUCGUGAUGUGUACGGACUCCGGAGGUCGUCACAGAGUACACACGGAAUUUGUUUGGGGAGUCGGACACGCUACAGCCUACCGGUAGCUUCAGUUCUGCUGACGUGGACCUCUACUAGAACGCUGACGGUGAUAGCGGAGACUCUGUGGUGAGUCUGGAGACCCCAUUUGCUCUUGUGUUUGGUGUCUAUGUAUUAAUAUUAUGUAAUAUAACACGUUGGCAGGGACUGUGUUCGGGUUCGUGAUGUGUACUGAGGUUGUCACAGAGUAUAUAACGGGAAUUUGUUUCAGGAGUCGGACGUGCUAGCGGUAGCUUGAUAGUGGAAAUUCUGUCAUAAUUCUGGCGAUCCCAUUCCUUUCUGUAUGUGUAUAUAUGUGUAUAUAUGUGUGUAUAUAUGUAUGUGUGUGUGUGUGUGUGUGUGUGUGUGUGUGUGUGUGUGUGCGUGUGUGUGCGUGUGUGUGUGUGUUGGGUGGAAGGGCGGGGGCGCAGCUUCUCGACCUAGUGGUCGACGUUGUGUAUGUGUGUUCUCGACCUGGUGGUCGACGUUGGGAAUCAUGCGCUUGUGUUUGUCACCGAUGAACUCAGCUGAAGUAAUCGUUGAGGACUAAGAGGAGGAAGUAAUCUGCCGCAGUGUGCGUGCUUGUGUUUUUGUCACGUAUGCACUCUCAGCGGAAUAGCCGUAGAGGAGGAGGUAAUCUCUGCGUUGUGCGUCUGGGUCCCAUGGCAUUGUGAGGGACCAUGUAUGAGUGAGCUCGACUGCAGAUCGGCAGACUCAGUGUGAAAGCGUCUUUUUGAAUCUGGAUGCGCUGUGUUUUUUUAGUUACGACAUCAAUUUUGUUAAAGUCG